AUGGCUACCUUUCGCCUUUUUGACCUCCCAGAGGAGCUGGUGAUUGCAGUUGCAAGCGAGCUCCCAAAAGGAGAUCUUGUCCGGUUCUCGCGCACUUCAAACGAGGCCAACCGCAUAGGCCAGCUGAUGUUAUAUGGCCGCCUUUCGCCCGAUGAAAUAAACCAGCAUGUCUUCAAGUGGGCUGACGGGAAGAAUUGCCCAAAGCCAGUGAUGCAAGUGCUCCAGCGCUACCAGCAGCAAGUUGCAAUCCAAAAGGAUCUUGACCUUGCCACAGACGCUCUGCACCUGGCCUGCCGUGAAGGCCAUCUCAAUAUCCUCAAAGCCUUACUCGAUCUUGGCGUUUCCCCCAAAUACCGGCUCGAAUCUACCCCCAUAGUCGAAUUGGCUUAUAAAUAUGGCCAACCCGAGAUUAUGAAGGCGUUGUUCGAUGCGGGCGCAACGUUAGACGACCCGAGCUUCCACCGGGACUACACACUGUUCUGCAGAGACUUCACAGAGGUCCAGGUAUGCGAGGGCGAGCCGGACCCGCAACGCUGGGUUAGUACCGCUCGGCUUCUCAUUGAACACGGCCUCAACAUCCGGCAGGUGGAUCAGGAUGGACUGAACUUCCUGCACCGCACAUGCAAGAGAACCGAUUUGGCCGCGGCCUCUUACGCCGAACUGCUUGUAAGGCUUGGGCUUGACCCGAAUGGGAGAGACGCUGGCGGCAAGACGCCGCUGGAACACGCCAUUUACCAGGGCUCCCGGUCGUUCCGCACAGAACGGGCUUUGCUCGCGCAUGGCGCUGACCCUGGCAUCAGGUGCUCCGAUGGUCGCCUGCCCAUCGCGGCAGCGAUGGAUUCCAUGGGGAACCCUUUGCAAGCCAUCGAGUGUCUGCUCGAUGCAGGUUCCCCGUGGGACAACGCUGCUGCGCUCAAAUUCAUGCGACAUAAACUUCCUAUGGCGGGGCACCAUGUUCCAUACUUCCCCCGUUUCCUGUCCCUUUGGAAAGCGCGCGCAUCUCCCGAGGACUACACCGACCCGGACGUUCUCUUCUGCGCCGCGGCAGCAGUGGGAGAUCUACCAUUCCUCCGCGAACUUCUCCGACGCGGUGAUGUGCACGUGAACUGCAUCAUCAAUGGCACCACGGCGCUCAUUGCGGCGACGAGGGCAGGGCAGGACAAAGCAAUCGCGCUGCUCGUCCAUCACGUUUCCUGCUUCAGCCAUAGGGACUGGUAUACCCGUAGCGCACUGCAUAUAGCCAUCAUGCAGGGCAAGAAAGAAAGAGUCCGUCUGUUGCUGCCACAUUGUGAGUCCGAGUUAACCGGCCGGCUUGGUUCAUCCCCGAAGACGCUUCUGGCCACGGCCGUCGAACUCGCAUCCCCGGCCAUAGUUGCGCAGCUACUAGAUGCCCUCUCGGCCAACGAGCGCGCACCAGUGUCGCGCUUCAAAAGCCCACGUCCGACACGCGCGCAAGACGCAGCUACAUUUGCUCUAUCUACCGCCGUGCGUUUAGGAAAGAGGGAUACAACCCGCGUUAUCCUGUCAUACACCUCGCUCGCGCAGCCAGCGUUCUGCGCCGCGUCCAUCGUGAGCGACACAUUGCUCCACAACGAAGACCUCGCCCUGGAGCUCAUGGAAUGGGGCGCAUCCUGCGGUCCUUCCAAAGACGGCAGAUACACGGCCCUGAUGGUCGCCGUCGCGAACAACCGCCGCAAAGCCGUGCAGGCACUGCUACGCCGGGGCGUGGAUCUCAAGGCCAAAUCGACGCUGGGUGCUACCGCGUUGACACUCGCCGUCGAAGGGAAUCAGCCGGACAUUGUUCGCUGGCUUUUGCAUGCGGGCGCGUCGUCAUCCGACCCGAUGCAUUUUGCCAGCCAUGUCGAGAUGAGGGCGUAUGAGCGCCGCCCAGCUGGACGCCAAGGGAGCGCACCUAUCUCGCGCGAAAGUAUGUUUCUGUACGCGGUCCGCAAUGGGCGCUUGGAGUUGGUAAAGGUGCUGAUUCCUUACUCUGAUAUUACUCAGACCCAGCAGGAUAGUGGCUUGAAUGCACUGCAGUUGGCUGCUAAAGCGGGCUAUCGGGGCCUUAUUAAUGUCUUGCUUGAAACAAGCAAGUUUGACUUGAAGUAUAAGGAUAGAAGUGGCAAGACUGCUUAUGACUAUGCUAAAGCGCGCCGUGGCCUCGCUCCCUAUCUCGCGGCGAAACUAUCACCUACAUCUUCAGGGAGCGCCAAACGCGUUGCCGGGAUCUCCAAGUAA